UCCACUCAGCAGCGUGACUUCCCAUUUCAGGCGUGCAGACAGAGUAUGUUCUGUAUGCUCUCCACGUAUCCUGCGCUGUGCAGAACGUCUCUGCAGCGCUGCCACCAUGGACUCCAAACACGACUUCCACCGAAACAUAACUUUUAGUGCCGUGCGUAUCUAAUGUGCGCCGGCUGGACGAAGAAGACGACGAGAGUGAGAGAGAGGAGCAGCUAGCGAUCUCGACUGAAAAGCUGAAGGACUUCUCUGGAGCGACUGGAUCUAGACCAGCCUGACACCACCGCUGCUGUUUUCCGGAUCCCGUUUGGGGUUUGGUCGCCUGCUGGCUUAAAAGUGCAACUUAAAAUUUACAUCACUAUGGAAACGGUCAUCAGCAACCCCGGCGCGUACAACCAGUCGGCGGUUUUCACCUCAGUCUUCAACGCUAGCUGUCGCUUUAAUGAGGAGUUCAAAUACAUCCUGCUGCCCGUGUCCUACAGUCUGGUGUUUGUGGUCGGCUUCGUGCUCAACGCUACGGCUUUGUGGUUGUUCCUUAAGAUGCGUCCGUGGAAGCCCAGUACCGUGUUCAUGUUCCACCUCGCCCUGUCCGACUUCCUGUACGUCCUCUCCCUGCCCACCCUCAUCUACUACUACGCCAACCGCAGUCACUGGCCUUUUGGAGUGGCCAUCUGCAAAAUGGUGCGCUUCCUCUUCUAUGCCAACCUCUACUGCAGCAUCCUCUUACUCACCUGCAUCAGCGUGCACCGUUACCUGGGCAUCUGCCACCCACUCAAAACACUGACCCUGGUGAAGUCCCGCCAUGCCCACCUGGUGUGCGGCAUGGUGUGGGCUGUGGUGAGCGUGUGCCUGGUGCCCAACCUCAUCUUUGUCACCACCUCCACGAGGGACAAUGACACCCUGUGCCAUGACACAACCAACCAGGAGGCCUUUAAGGAGUAUGUGGACUACAGCUCUGUCAUCAUGGUGCUCCUAUUUGGCAUCCCGUUCCUGGUCAUUGUGGUGUGUUACUGCUUGAUGGCGCGGGCCCUGUGCCGACCCAGACAGGGAAUUUCUGAAAGCCAGCAAGGCGCCGCCUCACGUCAGAAGUCCAUCAAGCUCAUCAUCGUGGUGUUGGUGGUGUUUGCUGUGAGCUUCGUUCCAUUUCACAUCACACGGACGCUCUACUACACCUCCCGUGUUUUAGAUCUUAACUGUAAAUUUCUCAACAUUGUCAACUUUACUUACAAAAUCACCCGGCCGCUGGCGAGCAUCAACAGCUGCAUUGACCCAAUUCUGUAUUUCCUGGCUGGGGAUCACUACAGAGCCAAAAUGAUGUCUUUUCUGACGGGAAAAAGACAGACGACAUACAGCCAAACACCUGAACAGGCACACACACAGCCGAACAAUAACCAUGGCAUCGCUCUGGUCUACAAGAACCCUGAAAGCCAGUGAAAGAUUCUGAGAGAUAGUGGGAAAUCUAUUGGAGAAAUCUGAAGUUUUAAACAUGUAUUUCUGCUCCAGGCUUAGCUAACAUUUCUAAUGGCACAUGCAGAAGCACCUGUUUAUAUUUCCUUUUUUGCACUGAGAGGUUUGGUAGAGAAUCAGUUUACUGUAACAUUUACUUACAGUAUUUGCAUUCACUCCAUCCAACUUACGUAAUGCCUGUGUUCAACAGGCAUAAAGGCCAUGUUUCAAUUCCCCUCAUUUUCUUGAGGUUCUUGUGUUUGUAAAAUGAAGUUCAAGUGGGAAAGAGUCUGUACCCAGUCUCCUACCACAAAGGGAUUAUUACACCAAACUCAAGUUAUAAAAGACAGUAUUUACGCUACUGUAUACUGUCCUGCUGUGUGGGGAAAAUUGUGCUAUGCAGAAGAAACGUUUUACUUUCAAAUUAUGGGAACAGAAACUGACACUGGCGGUCACAGGUGGAUUAUUAAUAAUAACAAAAAACUUUAUUUUUAUAGCACCUUUGAAAACACAGUUGCAAAGUGCUUUAACAGAACACAUUUAAAACACAAAGAGAAUAAGACAAACUAAACCCCCAAAAAACUAAACACAUAAGACACACACUAAAAUGUCAUAAAACAUCAGUGAAAUCGCUGAAAAACUAUUUUAAAAAAUGGGUUUUUAAAGGAAAAAAACAAAAUAAAAAAUGGGACAGAGUUCACAGCCCUGAUCUCCUCAGGCAGGUGUUCAUAAGCAAUAAGUUAGUCAGUGAAUUGUUGUCAUCAAUCGGUCACUCACUGAUCUAAAUAUUAAAGUUCAUUAUCUGACCAAAUAUGACAGAUAGCCUGGCCAUUUUCUCAAAAAUUAGGCAGUUAUGAUGCAAUCCUUCCUGUAGUAUCAACAAUAUCUAUGUGUUACCCAGAAACCUCAGCUACAGCCUGCUCAUGAUCCCAGCUGUUUUUAUCCUUUAACUUUCACAGCUGUCUUUUGCUCAACUGUGGAGAAAAGCAAAGAGACAACUCAGGACAAGAACCACCCACGCCUCAUUAGAGGGAUAAGGGAUUUUCCUUUUUACCCUUUUACCUUUGGGAUUGAUACGUGGAAUUGAAAGCCCCUUUUUCUUACAGUAGUUUAGGCUGAACUCCUUGAUGGUUUUGCAACAUGUGAGAGCAGUUACAGAGCAUUGGUCCCUCCAUCCUUGUUUUUAAUGUUGACAUAUGAACCAAUACUGUAGGAGCAGAUGUAUUCAUACAGCUCUGCAUCACACGGUGUUCUCUUGAUAUUAAGUAUGAGCACUAUCUUCGAAGAUGUUUCUGUAAUAACUGUAAAUAAAUAGUUUGAUAUGUAUCAUAAAGUGGUACAUCACGAGUGACUGAUGUUUACUGUAUGUCACGUAUCAUGAGCUGAUUAUGCAAUGACUCUUUCCUGUCUGGUCAGUGUGAAAUCACUUAAAAUAUAAUUAAGCUCUAAUUUCUUCUUCUUUCAACUCUCCCUCGUGAAAAGAGCAAUGUUAAGUGAUCUAUGAAUUCAGAGGAAGCACAUGAAGUUUGCUAUUUGUGUAAACCAUACAACUCAUGUGUUUAGCCAGACUGAAACUAACUCCACUUUCUGUUACCUAGAUAGAUACAGUACAGUUGAUGUUUAGGGAGUGAAAGCAGAGUGCGUGAUCUUUCAUGUUAGCAUCUCCAUAUAUCAUUCCACGGCAAGAGAACUAUGAAGGCUCUUUUUUGGAUAAGGGCGCUGGCUAAAAUAAAACCCACUAUAUCGAUGAUGACAGUGAACAAGAUAAAGAUUUCCCCCCUAAAGUCACUUUAAUGUUAAAAACCUACAGUAUUUCCACACUGUGACAUCAUCUAAUGUGAUUUUAUAUUAGUUUGUUCCAGUGCAUAAUUGCAGUCCACACAACAUGAGUUACAAUGACCAACCCAUGAAAAGUUGAAGAGAUUAAACGUAAUGCCAUUGCAAAUACUAUGAAUAAAUAAAACUAUGAUUGCGUAUUUCCUUAAGGUGUAACUCAAGGCCAGAAUUCACCUAAACUAUGUCAUUGUAACAGUUCAUUGUUUGAGAACAUGACCAACUUUUUUUCUCCCAUCUUUAGAAACCAAUAAAAUAAUAACAGAUUGCAGUAGGACCCAGUAGCCUGAAGGCUAAUAACAAUAAUUACAGUCUAAAUGGCAAUACCAUUUAGAAAUAUGACUCCAUGUUGUCUGUAAUUUACAAACAAUGGAUGAUCACAAACAUAUAAGCAGCACUGUCAGUCACUCUGAGUUGUUAUGCUUUUUCUCAAAACUUCAGUUCAUGACAGACUGCAUCGGAUAACUCUUUACAUGUUAACAUUUGCCAGCAGACCUACAAACAGUUCCUUUCACCAGCAUCUUCAUCUUCAUGUCCCCACCAACUAUUAGCAUGUAAAACAGAUACAUGAUUCAAAGCUCUGCUAAUUUGACACAUUAUCGAAUUGGUAAUAAUGAAAAUGAAUCUAAUGAAGGUUUCAAACUGUUCUGUCAUUCUGUGCACUUUUCAACAGUUUACCUCAAUGUGAUGUAAGCUCAUGAGCGCCCCCCUGUGGUCUCAUGGCGACAGGAAGUUGCAACUUGCACUCAGUCAGGAGAGCUCAACUUGUCAGAUGGGUGUCUCUCCAGUAAGUCAGAAUACUUUAAGCGGGAACAUUUCAAAAAAAUGUGGAAAGAAAUACUGUAAAAGUGCUAUUUGGGUAUUUUGGCCCUCAGCGCUGUCUAACAGACAAAAAAUGAGGCCAGAGCAAGGUAUACGCUACAGAAACACGGUAAGAUGGUCAGGAACCAUUCAACCUGCAAAACUGCUGAGAAAAUGCUGGUAGUCACGUGUUUCACAUUAAAACCUUAACCUGGAAACACAAAGCAUGGGCUCCAUUGACCUGGGCCGGGUUGCAACUCUGGAAGCAAACUUUCAUGUUAAAACACACGUAUGUUGUGUCUGAUAUAGGCCUAUACAUAUCUGAAUCAGGUUCUGUGUGCAAGUUGCACUUGUAGAGGUAGGUGUCAGUACAGUGCAGACAAGGAUUAAAAUGGAAGACAAACCUAAUUAAAAUGACAGAAAAGCAGAUCAUUAUUUAAUAGACCAUUGUAUAUUUUGUUGGUUAUUUACAGUAUAACUCGUGUGUUCUGUUUUUUGCAUACAUUGUGUAAAGAAGAUGUUGAAGGAUCAUUCUGGGGCAAAGUACAUCCUUUCAGUUUGUAUUGUUCACCUCCUCCCUCUGCCCUUGAUGUGCUGAUGUCAGAAAAGUUGUCUCGUCUUGAAAUUCUCCUUUGUCCUCUACAGUAGAGCAGUUGGAUUACAUGUAAUAGAAUUGAGCUAAAUUACGUAUUUUAGGGAUUUUUCGUGUUUUUCUGGUUGCUGCUAUGCUGAAUGACAUGCCCCUCUCUGAGUUCAGAGAAAUCUCCCUCUGUUGGGUUCAUGAAACAGUUUAAUAACAAUAUAAACUGAAGAUGCAUGACCAUCAGCCUAAAAAGAGAAGCUGAUUUUCUUAGUUUACAGUAACAUUGGUGAGCUACUUUUCUUCCCUCUUGCCUCUAUAACAGAUUUAGACAUCUUUGUCUCAAUCAUGCUGUCGGCUUACUUUACGUGUCUGGUUGCCCUUUAGAAGGCAGGUUUCAUUACAUUAAAUUAUAAUAAGGUCAUGCUGAUGAGAUAUGUUGGUGACUUGUCCCCUCUAUGUGAGACUGUCUGGAGUUGUGAACACAAUUGUGUGCGUUGUAUGGUCAGAUUAGACAUUGCUUUAUGAAUGUAAAUAAACUAAUUGUUCUCUUGAAA